UCGCACUUGUAGCUGCACUUUGAUCGGAACAUGAUUAGAGGAGGCAAAAGCUACGUAUCCUCGCCGCCUGCUUUCUCCAACGAUGCCAAGAGGCUCCUCGUGUGCACCGGCAGCACCGUCUCUGUCUUCAGCACCUCCACCGGCUUGCAGAUGGGAUCGUUGGAGGGUCAUGUCGCGCUUGUUACGUCCGUUAUAGUGGUGCCUGACUCCAGCCCCGCCGGUAGAUUCUUGUGUUACUGUUGGACUGCUUCGCUUGAUGGGACCAUCCGGUAUUGGGACUUCUCCGUGCUGGAGUUGAUGAAGACGGUCGAUGUUCGACUGCCCAUUUUCUCCAUGGUGAUUCCGUCGUUAUUGUCACAGCAAAAUGAGAGCAGUGAAAGAUCCCCAGAUGUUUUUGCCUAUAUAUCAGUCGAGAAUAUAAGAGCACCGGAAACACAACCAAAAGCCUUACGAGGGCAAGUUCGAAAGUGUAACCUAACCAAAUCUUCUCUUGCCGGAGGAGUAACAUUGAAAGAGACCAAGAAACCAGAGUAUAUAACCAUUAGUUCCUCAGGAGAAUUUUUUGGCAUUCUCGACAAGCAGAAGCUUCACAUAUGGAAGGUUCCUGAAAUUGAGUCAGAACGUGUAGUGCUUAAAAGAAUAGACCUUCAUCAUACAAAAAAGUUCACCGUUUUUGCCUUCCACCCCACUCAAAGAAUUGUGGCUGCUGGGGAUGUAACUGGGAGAAUUUUAGUUUGGAGAGGAUUUGGUAAAAGGACAUUUUCCAUAGGAGACGGGCAACCAAAUGGAAGAUUGACAAACUUUGAUGAAGACAAACCUGGGGUGAGGGGAAAUGAUGAUGCUGAUAAUUGUACAACAUGGCAUUGGCAUCCUCAUGAAGUUUGUUGUCUUGUAUUCUCUUCCGAUGGAGCCUACAUGUAUUCUGGAGGUAGGGAAGGAGUUCUUGUGGUAUGGCAGAUAGAUACUGGGAAAAAGAAAUUUUUACCACGAAUCGGAUCUCCACUUUUGUAUUUUGUGGAUUCUCCCGACCCAUCGCUUGCCUCUAUUUCUUGUGCGGAUAAUCAAAUGCAUCUACUGAAAAUGCCUGCAAUGGAAAUGGUGAAAUCUAUUUCGGGAAUCAAGCUCCCCUUUUCACCUCCUGAAGCAGUUAGCAGCUUAUGUGGUGGGUGCGUCUUUGAUGAGAAAGCAGGGGUAGUUGCUCUACAUACAGAAAAUUAUGGCAUCCAAUUCUAUAGUUUGUUCGAUGAUCAUGCAAUAUCUGAGGUUCAAGUAUGUGAGAGAAAUCAUCAGCCAGGCAAUGAAAUCACGGUUGUAGUGACUCAGCUGGCCCUUUCAGUUGAUGGUUCUUUUAUGAGUACCGUCGAAGUUAGGCUUCCUGAAGAAGAUAUAGGCGGUCUUGUUUGCCUUAAGUUUUGGACAUCAGAUUCUGAGGAUAAACGUUUUAGAUUGUUGACCGUGAUCUACGAACCUCACAGGGAUUCAGAUAUCUCUGCUGUUGCUUUCCGGCCUACCCAGUUAAUGGCAGUAACUUCAUCCUAUGGUGGGGACUUCAAGACUUGGGUAUGUGGAGAUGAGAUUGAAAGAAGGGAAGUGCAGAAUACCGGCUGGACGUGCUAUGCAGUUGGUUCAUAUAAGAAAAGACCCAUGACAGCAGCUACGUUUUCUGCCGAUGGUUCCGUUCUUGCUGUUGCGGCUGAAACAGUCAUAACACUGUGGGAUCCAGAUAGGAAUAUACUUGUGGCCGUAAUUGGACAUGCUUUCACGCCAAUCAAGACCUUGUCAUUUGUAGGGCAGUCAGGUUACAUCGUAUCGGCAUCUAGAGGUUCCAGGCCGCAGCUGUCUGUGUGGAGCCUGUCCAAGUCGUCAAAAUUAUGGUCAUACUCUCUCCAAAUAGAAGCUGUCACUUGCUUGGGUGAUUCCUCGACUUUUGCCAUCCUUGCUCUCCUCCCUAAGUUAGCUACAGAAUCUCAGGGAAUGGCACUUGGAGGGAGGGACGGAGCAAUCCUUACUUUCGAUGUUAACAGACCCGAUCCUGUGGCUGUAUGGUCUGUGAGAAAGGCUGAAGGCGGUGCUCUUGCAUUUAUUCAAGGCAGUCCAUCACAAGAGAACAUUACUCAAGGGAAAACAUCUUGCGGGUUGCUUGCAUUUAUAAAUGGUGAUCAUGAAUAUGUCCUCUUUGAUCCAUAUAGUGAUGAAGCAACUGAACAUGGCGUUGCUCACAGGACAGGCCUUGUUUCUGAAGAAACGGAGAAGUAUGGGUACUCGUCCAUAUACGGGGAGCUACAGGAGUUCAACCUCGAGAGAAGCCAGACCACUGAGAUCACGGUCGCUCCAUCUGAGAAGCCUUGGGCUACCUUAUUCAGUGGAUCUUCGCAAACUCUUCCACCUCUCACCAAAUUGUGUUCGGCAUUCCUGGAAUCGCUCUUGGAAAAGCGACCUGCAGUGGUAGAGCAAUGAGAAGCCUGACUUUUUUUUUUCCUGGAAUAUGUUCCGGAUGCAUUCAUUUCAGCUGCCAUGUGCUGAUUGGUUGUUGGCGAGAGUGAUAGGCUGCUGUCACGAUGCGUUAGCCGAGUUUUCUUUCAAGUAAAUUACUGUCGAACUUCCGAAUUCUUCCUUGAUAUGUAGAUUUUGCAAUUUUGGCCAGAGUCUUGUAAUUGAUGUAGUGCUUAGAAUGAGCGGUGGGUGAUGUAUGCUGUCUCGGUGGAAAAUGAGGAUAAGCUGAGAUAGCGAGGGAGGGUCGUCGAGGCAUAUCUUGUGUUUCUGGACUGGCUGCAGAGGAGGUUUUGACAGUUUCUUUUGCGUUGGUAUUUUUGUGUAUUGUUAUUUA